AUGUCCGCCGUCAACGUCUUUCCUAACGGUCAAGCGGUUAUACUUGCGGAUAAAGCACAAGCAUUGGCGCAUUACCCACACGCCCGAGUAGCAGGUGGUUUGAUUUUCGUGUCGGGGAUAUCUUCGCGAAAGUUGGAUAAUACAUAUGAAGGGGUAAUUGAAUUACCAGACGGCACACUUCAACUAGACAUUCGAGCACAAACGCGAGCGGUUCUUGACAAUAUCAAGGGGAUUCUCGAAUCUGUUGGCGCGUCAUUAAGAAAUCUAGUUGAUAUUACCGUGUUUCUCGUGGAUAUGGGAGAUUACGCGGCGUUUAAUGAGGUUUAUAAUAAGUAUUUUGAGGCGGAGACUGGACCAUCCCGGACUACUGUCGCUGUCAAGCAAUUACCUUCGGUUAGUAGCAAUUAUUAA